AUGCCAAUUCUAAAAUUCUACACCUCCCCAAACCAACUCUCUUCCGUGGAGAAACAGGACCUGGCAACGGUUCUCACGAGCAAAUACGCAGAACUUAUGCCCGCGUUUUUUGUGAACAUCAUGUUUCAUGAAGUCAGCAUCUCCCCUUCCCUCCUAUCCCUGAUCUAGUUACAUCCCAUCUCUUUUCAUUACAAUCACUUCCUCCCUCCUCUCCUCGCACAAGAUACGGAUUCUGAUAUCAAAAAUGACAGCUCCCAACCGACUCCUUCUACAUGGCCGGCAUUCCCACCGAUGGCAAAUUCCUGCGUCUGACAAUCGAACACACAGCCGUGAACUGGGAUACUAACAAACCCGCGGACCUCACGCAGUCGAAGAGGUUCCUGGAUUUUGUGGGGAGGGUGUUGCAGGAGAGGUUUGGGGAGAGGGGGUGGAGGUUUGUUGCCCUUUUCCUUUUAUCUUGAGUUGGCUUGUUAGCUAUCUUCUGGGGGGCAAGGGGGGGGGUUGAUUGAGAGGAAAGAAUGUGCUGACGAAACGUAGAUGGGAAUUUAGUGUCUCGCAGACUUUGAGGGAGUUGUGGCGUAUUCAGGGGUUGGAACCUCCGCCUAUGGGGAGUGAGGCGAUGGAGCUUUGGAAGGAGGG